UUCUUGUCACAUGUUUCCAUUUGUUGUUGUUUAUUUGUUUAUUCAGUGUUUUCUCGAUAAUUUUGGAUAUCUCACAGGAAUCUCUCUUGUCUCGUUUUCUUUUCUUUUAACUCUUUUUUCUCUUUCUUUCUUUUUCUCCGUUCCGGACUUAAUUGUCAGUCAUCAUGACCAAUAUCAGACCUUUCAGAUGUGAAGAUCUUUUCAAAUACAACAACAUUAAUCUAGAUCCUUGGACGGAAACUUAUGGCCUAUCAUUUUAUUUACAAUAUAUUGGCCACUGGCCUGAAUAUUUUCAAGUCGUAGAAGCUCCUAAUGGUCAACUUGUUGGCUAUAUUAUGGGUAAAAUUGAAGGCACCGGCGAAUCAUGGAGAGGUCAUGUUACUGCCCUAUCUGUUGAUCAUGUCUAUCGUCGAUUAGGUAUUGCUGCUAAACUGAUGCGAGGACUUGAAGAGAUAUCAGAAAAAAAAGAAGCAUAUUUUGUUGAUUUGUUUGUUCGCGUCUCAAAUAAAGUGGCUGUAGAUAUGUAUACGAGACUUGGAUACAGUGUUUACCGGAGAGUGAUCGACUAUUACAUUGGAGAUCCUGAUGAAGAUGCAUAUGAUAUGCGUAAGGCUUUAUCAAGGGAUAAAUUGAAAAAAUCAAUAAUACCAUUACCACAUCCAGUUAGGCCUGAAGACUUGGAUUGAUUCAAAUUAAUUUUCGAUCGCAAAACUCAUCUUUACAAUUCAUUUCGGGUGAAUCAACUGAAUAAGAAGUGAAAAUUUUAAAGCAAUAAAGCUGGAAACAUUGGAAACAUUAGAAAAAAGUGUCUUUGAUUAUGUAAAGCAAAAUUAUCAGUUACAUAAAUGUUUAUUUAUUAAAUGUGCUCAACUGUUUUCAUGAAA